AAGAAAUAAAGGGAAAAAACUGAUUUCACAGCUUCAGAGUUUGCAGUCGUAAAUUAAAAGAAGUUAGGAUAUUGUUUGGAGGAAUGUGGAAUAAACAGGCUCUCAUGCAGCGGUUACAUUUCACUCCUUUCCGGAUGAGGGCUGUGCUUAUUGGUGAAUUCAUCUCAGGAGUGUUUGGCUAGAGAGCGCGCAUAUAAUCUGCACGCACAUGCUGGCUGUCCGCAGUGCAGCUUUGUGGCGCACCGCCCUCGUAAAGGUACCUGAGUAAAGUCUGCGGUGGCUGUGACGUUUCGCCUGCAGACCCCACCACUCUCCCUCCAGGUCUUCAGAUAAGGCUCAUUGCUACAUCUCAGUCACGUGACUCUCCUCAGUGAAGGCUUUGCUCUCUGCAGCUCCUCGGCACCACCAGCGAUGAUAAGCCCGGCGUGAGAUGCAUCUCAGAAAACCCAGUCAUAGAAGCCAAGUUAUGGCACGGUCUUCUUCAGGGGUAAGGUCCCACAUAUAUUUCUCUCUGCAAAAAAAGUCCCUCGCUUGGGACGCACAACACCGGAGCGAGAAACCCCCAAUUUACGCGUCAAAUUAAACUAAUCGAAACUGGGACAAAAGGACACUGAGAUCUUAAGGAGAUUUCACGUACAUACUCCAUAAUUCAGCAAAAUUUUUGGAGUCUUUGUUAAGUGUGUAAUCGUAUUAAGUGCGAAUUACCUGAACAAAAACAUUUGCAUUUGACUGAAAACGAUUACACCUCUGUCAACACCACAAAGUUACAAAGUUGGUUAAGAGGGUAAUAGUGAUAUCUUGUUUACCGUCCAAACGUCUUUAUGGUUCAAAGCGUUUCACUCACAUUGCGUCAGCGCAGGACUAUGUAAAGAGACAUCACUUUGACAUUCAAGUGGCUGUUUACCUGAAGUUUGGCAUCUGCUACAAAGUCCCUUUUCCUGCCGUCUCAGCACUGUUGAGUCAGGGGCACAAUGCUUCAGGCCUGUGAACAGAAGAUAACUUGCUCACAGCUGUGCACGGUGUGAAUUGAAUCUCGGUGCAGCCGUAGCUCCAAGUGCCCUUCAGCCAAGCUGAAGAUGACACUCAGAGACUAAGACUUCUGAGAAACAUUAUAACAGCCAGGUAGCCAUGAACCUGUUCAGGAAGGAUGCCAUGACCACAGCGAAUGAGAAAAAUAAAGAUAUUCAGUAUGAGGACCCUCCAGAUGGAGGCUGGGGCUGGUUGGUGGUGCUGCAUUGCUUCCUGGUGAAUGUUCUAGUCAUGGGGACACUGAAGAGCUUUGGGCUCUUCUUCGUGGCUUUCCAAGAUGAGUUUGGAGGCUCGGCAGAGAGCAUAAGCUGGAUCGGGUCCAUCAUGUCGUGUCUGCGUCUAUCUGGAGCACCCAUUGCCUCUGUGGCCUGUGCCAAGGUAGGACCCAGGGUGACCUCCAUCACCGGGGCAUUGCUAGUUAGUGCAGGCUUCCUCAUGAGUAUUUUUGCCAACAGUGUGGUGUUCCUCUACAUCAGCAUGGGAGUGAUAGUUGGAAUGGGUUUUGCACUAUUAUACCAGUCCUUCUCAGUGGUUACAGCCCUGUAUUUUCGAAAGAGGUUAGCAACAGCGUAUGCGAUUGGGCGUUCUGGGAUGGGGUUGACCUUUGCCCUUGCUCCGUUCACUCAGCUGCUUCUGGACCAAUAUGCUUGGCAAGGCGCGAUCCUAAUUCUUGGCGGUCUCAUGCUGAAUCUGGUGGCGUCUGGCAUGCUUCUGCGACCCAUCAAUGUGAAACCUCCUGUGUCAAACCCUACCUCUUCUCCCAUCCAAACGAGCCCUGCUGUUUCCCUCAAGGGCUCCACAGACAAGGAAUACAAUAAGAACGGCUUGAAUGGCUCCUCUCACUUAUUUAAUGGCAUCUCCAGAUCAGGCUCACUCCAAUCAUCUCCUUCCUCUCAAAGGGACACAGAGAAUCUAGGGGAACAAUGUGCUCAGGGACCCCAGGACCAGUCAGCGAACCCUGAACUGACCAGACUGGUCUUCAAUGAUGUAAAUGGCCAUGAGCCUCACCAUGAGUUGGGCCAUUGUAAACCCACAGCUCCAGACAACUUAUCAGAGCUCAAUGGCAGCGUGAAUGGGUCCACCAUUGUUGGAUUUCCCUCACAUAAUAACACACCAAGUGAGGUGACUGUAAGAAAAGCCAAAAUACUGGAUUUUUCCCUGUUAAAGGACCCAUUCUUUUGCAUCUUUACUUGGUCCGUGGUCUUCAGCCAACUGGCCUAUUUCAUCCCCUAUUUUCAUCUGUCUGCCCGAGCCAGAACCCUGGGCAUCGAUGCCAUGGAUGCUUCCUUUAUCAUCUCUGUGGCAGGUAUCACAGAGACCAUCACCCAGCUUGCCUCAGGCUGGGUGGCAGACAAGAACCUGUUCCAUAAAUACCACUACUACAAGGCCUACCUGAUCCUCUGCGGCCUGGUCAACCUGCUUUCCCCACUGGCAACUUCCUACAUCCUGCUGAUGGUCUAUGCUGUCUUCUUUGCCAUCUUCUGUGGCGGCUACAUGGCUCUGCUGCUACCUGUUCUAGUAGAUCUCGUGGGAGCAGAGAAACUCAACAACUCCAUGGGCUUCUCCAUGUUCUUUGUCGGUGUGGGUUGCCUGACAGGGCCUCCUUUGGCAGGGCUCCUGUACGACUACAUUCAGACUUACGACUGUUCCUUCUACCUGGCUGGGUUCUGCUAUCUGCUGUCUUCCCUCUCCCUGUUCAUGGAGCCACUGGCUCAGCGCUGGAAGGCCAGGAGGAAACUGGCUCAAGACAAGACGGCUGAAAGCGGCUGUAAGACCAAUGGCUGCUUCAGCUCCAACCGCCUGCAUAAUGGUGUUGUGUAGGAAUGAAACCCAGGGGAAUUGUGAACCAGCAUGCUCAUGACUUGCUGAGGGCCUGCAUACCUUAGACCUGCAGGAGUGUAACAUGGCCAAGGAAAAGAAGACCACAGCAAUGUGAUGCCCCAAACCACAGUAGAAGUAAGGACAUUGGGGAAUAAAUGAUUAUGUUGAAAAGUCAAAAUGAUGGUGUUCUGCAAAAUAUUUUCCCCUAUUCUUGUCCUUAUAUAGUGCUGGAAGGAUGAGGUGUUUUUGCCAGUCAACCUGGAAGUUAGCCUCACUCCGGUUCCCUUGACAAAAAGCCAGUGGGCUUUUUCCAUAGACUUUUGGAUUAUUGUGGAAAAUAAGCUCUUGAGACAAACAUCAGUUUAUAACACGUUUUGUUCAGCAAAAUAAUCCUCACAAGUGAAUGCCACUUUUAUUAUUUUUGAAGCUCAAAUACAAUUGCCAGAAGUAAAAAGCUAUUGUUAGGCUAUAAACCAACUACACUACAGUCCGAUGAUCAUGGCUGUGUGAGUGUAGUUUGCAAGUGUGUGAAUUUAAAAAUAACAAGGCUGUAAAGGCAGAAUAAUGAGGAGAUGAGUCUCCAUGAUGGCGUGUAAAAUCCCAGACAGCCUCUAUAGUCUCAUUUAGCCACAUAUAAUAAUAAUAAUCAUCACUUUACUUGGCCAAGUAU